UAUACAAGAGGUAGGAACUACUCGUAGCUGACUCAUACAUGUACUUACACGUAGUUACCAAUUUGACAAACAAAGCUAUUAUGCAAAAGCCAUUAUACAAUUGACUCUAGCCCUUUCACUUUUCACCUUUCACCUUUCACCUACAUCACUUAUACAAGUAUCCCAAUGAUAGACGUCCGGGUAUCUUAUAAUGAGUAAAUUUAAUCAAUCAAACGGUCAGAGGCAUUGUCUCCCUAAAUCAGCACCAGAAGCCUCACCCCACGUUCAUUUCGAUGUUACUGCAAACAUUAACAAAGAAAUACGGAAUGUCUUUUCAGGAGAACUCAUCCAUAGCGCUCAAAAUCGGAGUUUGAAACGCAACCGAGAGAUGUAUGAAGAGAAUGAUGGCAUAAAAAACUCACCUCACAGGUUAUCUCUACCAGCCGCACCAUCUUCUAGUCCCUUUCAGACACUAAGAGUCACCAAAUCUGGCGCCACAAAUGGCAACAUCUCUCUUCCUAAAAUAGAAGAUCCGCAAGAUCCUUACCACAUAAAGCAGGGCCAAUUUAUCGAUCCUCGGUAUCCACUAGGACAUACCACUAUCGAGCAGUUAACUCCUCACUCCACUCUAACACUAUUCAAACCUGGGGACCAGCAGAAUCAUAACGGCGUAGCGGGGUCGUCGAAAGAAUUGCAUAUAGUAAAAGGUUCUCUCCUAACUGAGAACUCGAGGGAUUUUCCUGUGGCGCUUCCGUAUACGCCCAAGUCAGUCGGUGCUUCCUGGAAUCCGAGCCAUGGCAAUCCAGUUGGUACAACAGUUGUUGCACGAUCCCCCAGCCUAAUACAUCUCACCACAGUAGGUAAUGCGCAUCCCUGCAAUGGCGCUGACAACGACAACGAAAUUCUAGGCAAAUCGUCUAAACCGGAUAAUCUGAAUGCUGACGCCAGCGGCGAUGUCCAAGACGAAUAUCCCCUUGACGGUGACUUGAUGGAGGAAGACAUGGCCUAUCUUCUCGGAACGGCCCUCGAUAACGUCCAAGAAGCGUAUAUACCCCCUUCUAGCGUUGCUCAGGCAUGGGAUCGUGACUCAAGGUCGGCAGUUGAAUAUGACUCGACUCUACAACACUCAUCCCCAAAUGAACUAAGCGCCUCGCACAUAGUAGACAUGGCCGAGGACCCUAACAUCAACCAGGAUGAUCUUCUCGAUGAAGAUGUCGAUUGGAAUAUCGUAUAUGCUAUGACGAGCACAAUUCUGAACGGCGCAUCGAGUACCAACCUCCAAGACACAGCUAACCCUUCGCUACAAGAUCAAACCACUCGCGCGGAGGAAAUUGUCGGGUGUGAUGCUCGCAUUGAGGACACGAUGCCCUUGAAGCCAUUCGUACGACCGCCCUUCCCUGAAAAGGUCCGCGAUCGUUCUGCCGUCUCGGAAUUAUCGCCGCGUACGGUACUGCGGACCUGUUUUCGAAUAGGGGAGUUGGUCAACCAGGCGAUACAUUGUCUAAACCAUCGGCAGGACGUAGUCUUCGAGCUGUUCGCGAGGGUAACGUAUUCAAGCCGCGAGAGUCUUCAAAGAAACCAACAUUUCCAGUUUAUUGACCUAUUUAAAGAUCAGCUUCCAUACCCCGCGGGCGUCCUCUCGAACUGGCGAGUAGGCACGCAGCUGGAUCGCCAAAGUGCGGCGUUCUUAGGUACGAGGGCGGAGCCCAAAUUAUGCCGUUGCGUAUGCAAGCCCAGGAGAGAUCCAAAGGUUGCAAUCGGCCUAACUCUUGUCGUUACUGCCAUCAGAGAGAUUGACUGGGCGGGUAUCAUAUUGGCCAAAAAUACAGUCUGCGGGGGAUCGGAUGAUGCAGCCCGAGAUACUGUCACACAAUAAAAACUACGAGAAUCAAUAGUGGGCUGAUGGAUGGACAUGUAGAGGAGUGUCAGUACCUGGGUUAAGUAUAUGUCGAUGAGCUUGCUACGACACAGGUGGAGAAGAGCUUUGGGGGAAUGUCGUAAAGGAGGCCAAUCGUCUAAUGCAUUUAACGAUAGCUUUUUCUCCUGUCUAUACACAGCAGAUGGGUGCAUAAUCGCUGGUGGUCAAAUCAAGUAGAAGAAAGUAAAUUGCUGGGUAACGUCCGGCAGCCAAUGGUUCCAACAUAUACAUGAAGAUAACAUGAUACUGUGCUAGGACUAGAACCCAGUGCUUAACAUGUUGGUAGAGUCUACCAAGUAAAUUUGAACCAAAGUUUGAGAGUGGAGUGAAAUAGACCUAGCGCUUUAAAUUAAGAUGGAGAGGAAGGGGUUUUGAUAUGGUACAUGAUAACAUAAUUGCUUUGAAGACUCGUAGAGGCGAUUUUAACGGAACGAAUAAGUUUUACCUAAUAGAAAUCGUGUACUCAGCAGGAGAGAGAGAUAAAGCGUUGCUUACCUAGGUACCUCGUUGAGGUGGAUGAAUAUGUUGAAUAUGCAAUGCUGCAUCAAAAUUUUUUCUUGGUAGAGGUGGUAAUAAAGAUAGUUACAGGUAGGUUGUUAGGAG